AUGUCUCUUUAAAGAGUUUUUGAGAAAUUAAUAUAUUGGGAUGUCUACUUAUCAGCAGUUAUACAUGGCCAUGAAAGUUUAAUGCUGACAGUGAUGCUAUUUUUGCCAUCCUUGAUUUUUUCGCCCAAAACGAUUGCCGCACCAAUAUUCUUCAUCACUUAUUAAUAUGGCUAUGCUUAUUCAAUCAGAUACGUGAUUUCAAUAGUGCUGUCAUUAGCCUUGACGACUUUCUUUAAGAAACAUUUUAAAAGACCAAGACCCAAGCCUCGUCCACAAUUAUCACUCAAACCUAUGUAUUUUAGAAAUAAGGAAACUAAUUAUUCCUUGCCAAGUGGAGAUUGUGCUUAAGCUGCAGCCUUUCUCUUCUAUUUUCUGAAUGCCUAUGGAAGCGGAGACAUCGUUGUCAUUUUGAUCGCAAUUCUCAUGACUCUCAAUGUGAUGUUGGGCAGAGUAUAUUUCUGUUGUCACUACUUCAGUGAUUGCCAUCUUGGAUUUGGAAUUGGAGUGACUAGUGCCUUCUUGAUUAACUUUUUAUUAUAAUGA